GUCGUUUCUCUAUGCAUGGAUCAGGAAAUCGGACUCGCGAUCGGACGAGAUCAAAGAAGGCAGUGAGGGGACCUCAACGCUGGAUAAAGCCGAUCUGGAGUCCUCUAUGCCACGACGUCAACCGGAGUUCAUAUUCCUCCACUACAGUCCGUUCAAAGCCGUUUGGGACUGGGUCGUGCUUAUCCUAGUCCUGUACACAGCGGUCUUCACGCCCUACCAGACCGCCUUCCUCCUGAACGAAGAGGACGCCACAAUGACGAGGAACAAGGAUGCCGCCACCCGGACAGAGAGUCCCGAAAGCUCCCGGGCUAACCCACUCGUCAUUAUAGAUCUCAUAGUUGACCUCAUGUUUAUAGCGGACAUUCUGAUCAAUUUCCGGACGACGUACGUUCACAACGGUGAGGUUGUUGUAGACCAGAAGCGGAUCGCCUUCAACUACCUCAAGGGCUGGUUUGUAAUCGACACCAUCGCCGCCUUGCCUUGUGAUCUCCUGCUUUUCGGGUCUGGAACAAGCGACACGAUGACAAUUGCUGGUAUCUUAAAAACGGCGCGCCUCCUACGUCUGCUACGGGUCGUCCGCAGGAUUGAGCAGUUCGCGGAGUACGGAGCGGCGGUGCUGCUUCUCCUCAUGGUCACAUUUUCCCUGGUGGGUCAUUGGCUAGCAUGCGCUUUCUACGCAAUCGCCUACUGGGAGCGGCCGCACUUGGAGGAUCCCAUAGGCUGGCUGGACACGGUGGCGGCAAAUCUUCACGAACCUUACGUCGCCAAUGUUACCGACAGCGGCCCCAGUAUUAGGACGUACUACAUAACCGCUCUGUACUUCACGUUCACGUCACUGACGUCAAUAGGAUUCGGAAACGUCUCUCCAAACACCAACGCCGAGAAAAUCUUCUCCAUAUUUGCAAUGAUGCUUGGAUCGCUACUCAGCGCUGCGAUAUUUGGGAACGUGUCGUCGAUAAUGAUGCGAGUAUAUCAGGGCACGGACGAGUACCACGAGAAAACCCAGUCCAUCAAGGAGUUUAUAAACUUCCACCACCUGCCUAAAAACCUGGCCGCCCGCCUCCAGGAGUCUUUCCAACACGCGUGGUCCUACACGAACGGCAUCGAUAUGAACACUGUUCUGAAGGGUUUCCCAGAGUGCCUGCAGGCGGAUAUCUGCCUCCACCUGAACCGGAACUUGCUCAGCAAUUGCCCCGCCUUCCAGAAAGCGUCCACAGGCUGUCUACGCGCGCUGUCCAUGCAAUUCAAGACUACGCAUGCGCCCCCGGGGGACACACUCAUACACCCGGGUGAUAUCCUCACGGCGCUCUACUUUAUAGCGCGUGGAUCGCUCGAGAUAGUCACGGAAAACAGCGUCAUAGCAAUACUAGGUAAAGACGAUAUCUUCGGCGGUGACCUCGAGGAUCUUACGAACUCAGGCAAAUCACUCUACUUCGUCCGGGCGCUCAGCUACUGUGACAUUAACAAGAUAGAACUUCCGGUGCUCCGAGAGACGCUAACCACGUAUCCGGAGUUCGCCCAGGAGUUUAUGUCCAAGAUCCAGGUCACGUUCAACUUAAAACGGGGAACGCUUUAUGAGCACGAUCGGAAUUCAAAACUUGAUGACGAGACGCUCAAGUUUAUUCGGCAGAAGCGGCCACACAUGCAGUCCCGGGGGAGACGCCAUGGACCAGAAGCAGAGCGCGGCGGGCGGACGGGGUUGCGACGGCUGGGGCGACACCAGAACGCCCCACGACAGGAAGAAGGUGAGGCCGUCACUCGGGUGCAUGAAAUAUCCCCUCAGCAAGCGUUCACGGACAUUGAUGUAGAGUUUGAAGAUAGAAGUGAACAAAGGUCGAAGGCGGAUGUUAAUCCUAUGGUAUGCAGGCGUCCGAAGCAGGAGCGUGUCUCCUUCCGGGAGUCUCAAACAACCGGAACUAAAAUCAUAGAUAACAGAAUAUUCAUGAAAAACGCGGGUGACGAAAACUCCGCUUCCGUUGCACGACGACCGUUGUCUGUAUCCAGUUACACCGGAAGUCGGCUCUCUACGGAGUCAGACUGCGCGACCGAAUGGGGGGAAAUCGACAGGAAGCUCACUUCACUCACCGUGCGUAUGCACAAAUUCGAGGGACAGUUGUGCGAUACAGUUGACAAUAUACUGCUGUUGUUAGGACACAAACCCUCGUUGCCCACGUUACUUGGAGACCGUUGCCACGUUGACCAAUAUUUGCCGGAAAUGAACAGUUUAAGAAGUAUCGAAAGCAAGAAAAAAGGACCGAAGCUCAUAAGGUCACAGACAGAACUGGUGAAGCUCAUAGAUAGCAUGUGAUAUUGUGGUGUAUAGGCUGUUGGGGGUGAAUUUGCUGUUGUGAUGUAUAAGCUGUUGGGAUGUAUGUUAUUGUGAUGUAUAAGGCUGUUGGGAUGUAUGUGCUAUUGUGAUGUAUAGAAUGUUGGGAUGUAUGUGCUAUUGUGAUGUAUAGGCUGUUGGACUGUGUGUGCUAUUGGGAUGUAAAGGCUGUUGGGGUGUGUGUGCUAUUGGGAUGUAUAGGCUGUUGGGGGUGUGUGUGCUAUUGGGAUAUAUAGGCUGUUGGGAUGUAUGUGUUAUUGUUGUGUAUAGGCUGUUGGGAUGUAUGUGUUAUUGUGGUGUAUAGGCUGUUGGGAUGCAUGUGCUAUUGUGAUGUAUAUGCUGUUGGGAUGUAUGUGCUAUUGGGAUGUAUAGGCUGUUGGGAUGUAUGUGCUUUUUUGAUGUAAAGGCUGUUGGGAUGUAUGUGCUUUUGUGAUGUAAAGGCUGUUGGGGUGAAUGUGCUAUUGGUAUGUAUAAGGCUGUUGGGAUGUAUGUGCUAUUGGGAUGUAUAGGCUGUUGGGGUGUCUGUCCUAUUGUGAUGUAUAGGCUGUUGGGGUGUGUGUGCUAUUGUAAUGUAUAUGCUGUUGGGUUGUGUGUGCUAUUGUGAUGUAUAGGCUGUUGGGGUGUGUGUGCUAUUGUAAUGUAUAUGCUGUUGGGUUGUGUGUGCUAUUGUGAUGUAUAGGCUGUUGGGCUGUAUGUGCUAUUGUGAUGUAUAGGCUGUUGGGCUGUAUGUGCUAUUGGGAUGUAUGCGCAAUUGGUGUGCAUGUGCUAUUGGGAUGUAUGCGCCAUUGGCGUUGAUGUGCUAUUGGGCUGUAUGUACCAUUGGCGUUCAUGUGCUAUUGUGAUGUAUGCGCAAUUGGUGUGCAUGUGCUAUUGGGAUUUAUAUGAUAUUGUCAAGUGUGAUGUUUUGCUGGGACUCUGUUAUAUGGGAAUGCGUGUCUUAUAUUUGGUAACUGUGUGAUAUUUAAAAACUUAAGGAUGAAUAUUUAUAAUGUAUGUGAUAUUAGUUAACAUGUGGUAAAUGUAUGUAAUAGUGGAGUUUACUAAUUGAGAUGUAUUCCCUCCCGUUGAUGUACAUACAACAUAUAAACAUAUGGUUGAAAUAUAAUAUUUUGAAUGUAUGUGAUAUAUGAUCAAAAUGAACUUAAGAUAUAUGUACAUUAUAUUUAGUUUAUAUAUAAAACUGAUGUGUGAUUUUGAUGUGUGAUAUUGAAUAUAAUCUUGUAGAAUCAGUGGAUCACCUGUUGAUAUCUGCUCAACAUAACUGUAAUUAGUGUCGCUUGCCGAUAUUGCAAGACUUUGAGAGAGGCGUUACUGUUCACUUCUCGUGUUGCCACUUAUUAACAAUUGGCCAAUUGUUAAAAACUGAUAAAGUUUUCAACGUGAUUAACGAGAUCGUUGUUAACUUGAAUGUUUUCAUGAUUUUAUCAUACAUUUCAAUAAAACAAGUCCAGCUGAAAUAUUUGUCUCAAAUCUUGUUAGAAAUACUCAUCCAGUAUCCAUAAAUUUAAAGUUCCAGAGCAGUGAAGAUUCCCAAAUUAACAACGAUAACGUUAACAGCAUAAUUAACUAUCGACACUAUAUAUUAUCAUUGCGAUGAUGAACGUGUGUCAAUAAACUGCUGAACAUGCUUCAUUGUUAUGCCCCCGAAGGUGGGCAUAUUAAAAUCGCACCGUCCGUCCGUCCGUCCGUCCGGCACUGUAACUUUCCCUUGUAUGGACAGAUUUUAAAAAACUUGCCACAUGUGUUCCACAUACCAAGACGACGUGUCGCGUGCAAGACUCGUGUCCCUACCUCAAAGGUCAAGGUCACACUUAGUGUUUAUUCACAAUGGAGUGCUGCAUAUAAGGACAUAGAGUAUAGGUUGUCGUGUCCGGGCUGUAACUUUCCCUUGUAUGGGCAGAUUUUAAAAUAA